AUGGAGAUCAAUCAUGCCACCAGCAGACGAGCCUAUGUUUCCUAUGCUACCGGGAGAUCCCUAUUUCCCGACUAUGCAUCCGUGUACCAACCCAUUUCUCUAGCUGAACAUGCAUCGAUGCAAUCUGAUGAGUUCGAGCCUGAAGAAGAUCCAGAUGAGGAUCCGGAAGAGGAUCCAGAAGAGGAGAUGGAGGAGGAACCUAAGGAUGAUCCCGAAAAAGAUAUGGAUGAAGAUGAGGUAAUAGUAAUAACCGAUUCAGAGUCAUCCGCUUCAAUUCCACCUUCUGCCAGCCGCUCUUUCCUUGGAUUUUCGCUCCGCCGUUCCAGAAAAACCGCUAGGAUUUCGGUCCCAAAACCCGUUACUAUAAAAUAUAACUUGAGGUCCCCUCGCACCAAAAAGACAAUGGAACCACCUGUUUCGGAAAGCAACCAUGAGAACCAGAGGACGGCUGGAAAGCGGACGGCAGGAACAUUUGAAGAAGGACAAGCAUCUCGAGCUGCACCUACAUCUGACAUGGACAUUGACAAAUUGUCCUUCCUACUUGAGCAGAACGUCCGAUUGCACGGACAAAUGUGGCACGUCAGUGACGAACUAAGCAACAUGCAAGGUCAAUCCAUAAAAACGAAGGAAGAAAUGGCUCGAAUGAAUCAACGACAAGAGCAGUAUCAGAUCUUGCAAGACAAUCUAUGUCAAGAGAUGGACUACCGCCAUAACAGCUGGACUUAUUUCGAUUCAAGAGUAACCGAUGUGGAAACUCAAAACCAAAUUGCAUUUUCAGUGGCAUACGGAGUAAAGGAGAGUCAUGCUAUGCUAGAAGAAAAACACGAAUCACUAGAGGAAAAACAUAAAAUACUAGAAGAAAAAUAUGAUGACAUGUCCCCCUCGGUGGACAAAAUUUUUAGUUUUUAUAAAACUAAUUAG